AUGGUGGACGACGGCCUCGUGGUCGCGGUGACCGGGUGCGGCCACGGCGAGCUGGAGGCGAUGUUUGACGUGGUGAGGGAGAUUGAGCAGGCGCGCGGCGUACAGGUGGACCUGCUGAUCAACUGCGGGGACUUCCAGGCCGUGCGCAACGAGGCUGACCUCGAGUGCAUGGCCUGCCCGAGAAAGUACCGCCAAAUGGGGACCUUCUACCGGUACUACACGGGGGAGCUGAAACCUCCCUGCCCGGUGCUCUUCAUCGGCGGCAACCACGAGGCCUCAAACCACCUGCACGAGCUGUUCUACGGCGGAUGGGCCGCCCCCGACGUCUUCUACCUCGGACAGGCAGGAUGUGUGCGUUUCGGGGGGCUGCGUAUCGCGGGGCUGUCGGGCAUAUUCAAGCCGCGGGACUACGUGAGAGGUCAUCAUGAGAAGCCGCCCUACACAGACAGCUCCAUGCGCUCGGCAUACCACGUGCGCGAGCUCGAAGUGCACCGCCUCGGCCUCCUCACGGGCCAGGUGGACGUAAUGCUCAGCCACGACUGGCCCGCGGGCGUGACAGCCUACGGCGACCGCGCACACCUCCUGAAAAAGAAACCGUACUUCCGACAGGACGACGAGAGGGGGGAGCUGGGGAACCCGCACACGAUGGAUCUGAUGCGCAGGCUCAAGCCCAAGUACUGGUUCAGCGCGCACCUUCACUGCAAGUUCUCCGCACUCGUGCCGCACGCCGGGGACGCCUGCGCGCCCACGCGCUUCCUGGCCCUCGACAAGCCCAUUCCGGGCCGUGACUUCAUCCAGAUAGUGCACUUCCCCGGCGUCAAGGGUCCGCGGCAGUUCUCGUUCGAUCCGGAGUGGCUCGCGAUCCUUCGGUCCACGUCGCACCUGAUGCGCACCACUGCGGCGCCCAGGCCGUUGUCCGCGCAGCUGUCCGGACACGACUGCGCACCGACGCAGGAGGACCGUACCGCCGUAGCCAAGGGGCUCGCGGACCACAACGGCGGCGAGGAGAGGGUGCCGAACAAUUUUGUACCCACGGUGCCCGCGUACGACCCCGCUCGGCCCGACCCGCGCCCUCAGAUGCCAUCCGCGCCGGUCAGAUCGGAGCAGACGGUCUUGCUUGGGCGGAUCAUAGGGCGGGAGCUCCCGCUUCCUGGCGUGGGCGGCGCGCGAUGGCAGGGCCAGGGGGGGGCGGUUGCAGCCCCCACGUCAGCUGGAGAGAACCCAGAGGAGAUCGAUUUGGACGCCGUGGAGGACAACCCCGAGGAAAUCGAGCUCGACGACGACGACGACGACGGGGCGCACGAACUAGGAUGCUGCGGCGACCGAUGA